AGUGGGUGUCAACUCGCAAAUCGCGCUGUCAGUCCGCGGGUCGAGUUGUCAAUAAUUUUUUUAUCACUCAUCUUCAUCAUCAAAGGAAGAGGAAAAAUCUCCAAGGAAAAAGUUUGCUAAUCAAUUUCUGCGAGAAAGGUCGCCAGAUUUCAAACAGGAAACCGGACACGGGAUUUGGGGCGAGAGUUUGCUUGAUUUGCUGGGGGUGAGAGCUCGUUUGGCGUUCUGAAAAUGAUCCGUUUCAUCCUGAUCCAGAACCGUGCGGGGAAGACCCGCCUGGCCAAGUGGUACAUGAACUUUGACGACGACGAGAAGCAGAAGCUGAUCGAGGAGGUGCACGCCGUGGUGACGGUCCGCGACGCCAAGCACACCAACUUUGUCGAGUUCCGGAACUUUAAGAUCGUUUACCGGAGGUACGCCGGGCUGUACUUUUGCAUCUGUGUGGACGUGAACGACAACAACCUGUGCUAUCUGGAGGCGAUCCACAACUUUGUCGAGGUGCUGAACGAGUACUUCCACAAUGUGUGCGAGCUCGAUUUGGUGUUUAACUUCUACAAGGUUUACACCGUCGUGGACGAGAUGUUCCUGGCGGGUGAAAUCCGGGAGACCUCGCAGACCAAGGUGCUAAAACAGCUGCUGACGCUCAACUCGCUCGAGUAGAUUCUCUUCGGUAAAAAGAGGUUCUGCUUCGCAUAAAAUCAUCCUGGUGUAAUGACAAUUAUUUCCUUCGUAUUUAAAUAUUAUGCAAUUUACUCUAAGUUCCGCGCGGGUACAGGACUAUCCGUGAUUGUUUUAAAGAAGAAUCGAUGGUGACGACGAACAAAAAAAACCGUAGCUUGUAGGCUUCAACACAAAACCAAAAGUGUAAAAAGUGUGAAUCUCACUCUCGCCGAUGCUCGGCGGAAUAAAGAAGAAGCUGCCAUUUCAUCGUAAACUCAAACAAGCGUACGGGUCCAAAGAGUUUGGAACAUUUCAAAUGCUUUCUAUCAAAUCGCGCUACACAAAUUUUGCAUUCCACGACUCAACUCAACUCAAAACAAGCAAAGAAACUGUGUCAUAAUUGAACGCGAAACGAUUCAAUAAGAGAGGAGAAACUACCAAAAAAAAAAAAAUAAUAAUAAUUCAUUACAGGACAGUUUUGUUUGUUUCCGUAUUUCGUGUGGCGUCAGUUGGUGUAGUUUAGCCAAACAAACAAACAAAACAAACAAUGGUUCGGUGUAAAAACAAUUCGCACGCAACAAAUGGAACACAAGCGAAAAAAUAUGAAAUUAAUCGACGCGCAUAAAGUUUAAUCGAGUCCACCCCCCCUGAUUGUAGCGUUAAUAUAUUACAAAAAAAAAAUUAUUAUUAAUCGUAAAUCUGAUUAUAAAGUGUAAAGAUUACUAGAGAGAAGUAAAAUAAAGUAUAUUAUGCAAUACAAA